AUGGAUGCCAACCAGGCGUCCGGCCCAGGGUUCUGGAGAUACCUCAUCAAUCCUGACAAGAGUGCGACUCCCCAGCUCGAACAACUUUGCCUGGGUAUAGCCAAAAUCAUUUCGACUCUUGAAACGGGCCCCGAUCACGAACUGUCUCCUCCACGCCUGGCUGCAUUCUACAGAGCGGUAGGCGGCAACUACGACUCUCUAUUCCUGAAGACCUCCUAUCAUGCCCUCUCCUUCAUGUAUCAAACGCUCGGAUGUUUCCAUAGCCUCCAGCCCACAGCAAGCCCCUUCGAGACACCGCGGGUCCCGUGUCUGACUCCGAAAGGGUUCGCUCGCUGGCAAACGAUCCAAAUACUACUCUGCCCGGAAGAGAACGUCGGGUUCAUACAGAAAGCCGUACAGAUAUGGAAUGUUCCAAUGCCCACUGGGGGCACCUUUCCUAAAUCCAUUCCGAAAGAAGUCUUCCCGGACAGACCAGACGAGGCGAUGGAAAAAUGGCACCGCAUGGUUACCGGUCAAUUGAACCAAAAGAGCUACAUGCGACGCCUCAAGAACUCGCCCUAUCAGUCCCCACACCCGGAGGCCUAUGAUCGGCGCGACGGCUAUUUUUCGAACGCACACAUGGGAGGAUCGACUAGGGCCCCCCACAACACCUCACGGGAGGGCCAGGCUCACUUGGAGGAAAUCUAUCGCCGGCGAAGCAGCGUUCCAGAUUUCCCAUGUCCAGCCGGGGAGAGAGCGUCACACUGGGAUCCGCGAAACGGAAACGGCCAUGAGGCGCGGAAGGCCCGAAGCCAAUCUGCACAAAGGCCACCUGUCCAGCCUACCCGUCAGCGAUCUCGCACUGCUUCCGGCCCGUCAAAAAGCCAUUCUCAAAAUAUGUCGGGCAACAGUCCUCCGAGCGGCAAGGCCAGUGGCGGAUCCACAGACCGAUCUGGGCGACGCUCAUACGGGUACAACCUCCAUUAUCGCUCACCGGCACGCACUCCGUCCACCGUGGAUGAAGGCAGUGGCAGUGGCACCGGCAGCGAGGCAAGCUCGGAAGCCUCGCAGACACCGCGUCGACAUCACAUUUCCGAUGAGGAUCGCAACGGCCGUCGAUCGUCGAGUUGGGUCCCCUCGUUCCUGAGGUCGCACAAACGCCGGCAUUCAUCUGAUGCUAGUUACCGCGCGCCUGGCCCCAGACCACCACAGCCCUUGCGGCCCGAGUACUACCCACCUCGUGCGAGCAUACCUUCAUCACAGCCACAACUGUCACGCCAUCGAGGGUCUAGCGGUGCUCCCAUUCCCCCAUGGCGUGACACCGUCUGGGAUAGUGAUCCCGUCAUCUCGACGCCGGGGACGCCCGUCCAGGGACAUGCGCAACCGGACCCGCGUGCCCCCACCAUACGUUUCCCAGAUCAGGCCAACUUCGAGCCGUUGACGAGGGAGAGCAGCAGCGGGAGUGGCACCGAUCACAGACAUCGCUCGUCGGACUGGGACAGAGGCGGUGCACACCGACGGCAAGGCCAAGGCCAAGCCGCACCUUCGAGACUAGCAACCUUGACCGGAGUGCAUGGGAGGAAAUAUCCUACCCCAGAUUCCAUGAGUCCUAUCGAACGACAGCGGAGUAGUCAUGCAUCUUCCCGCGGUGGUGUUGCGGCCAUGGUUUGA